UUUGGGCCCAAGAUUACACUCGCCGUCCCAGGCUCUCUCACAUCUGGUUGCCACCGAUGGCGGAUGAGCCGCUGCAGGCGCAGCAGUUUGGGACGGAGGAGUUUGAUGUCACGGACUGCGGCACGCAGUUCUGUUGCUGUGGGUCGAAUAUCCUCACACUGGAGCCCGAGGAGGCCGUGCUGAAGACCACGACCUGCAUCGGCGGCUCCACCAAGCGGCUACCCUACGGCGACCUCGGCAGCGUGGAGAAGCUGGAGGCUUGCGGCUGCUGCGCCAGCUUCAGGUCCAACCUGAGCCCGGAUGACGACAAAGGCAACAAGGUGCCGAUAUCGCCGGGCUGCGGCUGCAGCGGCGAACUGGUCACGAAUGUCGUGGAAGAGUUGAAGGCGCGCAUGAAGGAGCGAGGCAACACCGGCAACAUCCUGCGCGCCGAGGAGGCCCUGAAGAUUUUGGAGGCCAUGACUGCCAGGGUGGACGCCAUGCUUGUGCAUCUUGGUGUCGCCAUACCUGCUGUGCCACACGCGUCAGAGCACACCGCGCCCAAGUUCGAUCACAAGGAUUAUGACGUGACCGAUUGCUGCCACACGCUCAGCACUUGCGGGAUCGGGGCUAAACUUUUGAAUUUGGAGCCAGAAGAGAUCCAACUCAUCACGACUACUUGCUGCUCGAAGAACACCAGCCGGCGCCCAUACGGCGAGCUUGGGAGCGUGACUGUCACUAGAUGCUGUGGCUGCUGUGUGUCUACCUCGUCCUCGCUCGGCCUCAUCAGCCCUGGAUGUGGGUGCCAGGCGGAGGUUGUCGACGAUAUCAACAAGGACCUCGAAGAGCGCAUGAGGCUGCGCGGCGACACGGGCAACAUCCAGCGCCAGGACGAGACCCUCCACUUGGCAAGGCAGCAGAACCCGAAGGUCGAGAAACUCUGCACAAAGGUUGGCGUGCCGCUGGCACAAGCGCCCGCGCCGCAGCGGAUGGGCUGAGCCUGUGCUGCCCCGCGCAGGCGCGGUUGGCGCAUCGCCGUGCUCAUGCGCCGCGUUCGGAGCACCUCUCCGCGUUGCUUGCAGGGCGCGUGCUCUACAUCUGUGCAUCGGCGAGGUAUCUUUUGAACAGUUGCAUAGUGGGUGACUCAUAGAGGCUGCUGCGCGCCCGUACCAGGACGAUACCCCUAUGCGUAAACAUCCCCCAGC